AUGCGGCCCCUCUGGCUCUGCUGGACGCUCUGGGCACUGCCCCUGACCAGCCCCGGGGCCGCCCUGACCGAGGAGCGGGUCCUGGGUAGCCUGCUGCGGCAGCUGCGCCUCAGCGAGGCUCCCGUCCUGGACGAGGCCGAUGUGGAGAGGCUGAUCAUCCCUGCCCACGUGAGGGCCCAGUACGUGGCCCUGCUGCAGCGCAGCCACGAGGCCCGCUCCCGGGGGAAGAGGUUCAGCCAGAACUUCCGAGAGGUGGCCGGCAGGUUCCUGGUGUCCGAGGUCUCCUCGCACCUGCUGGUGUUCGACAUGGAGCAGCGGCUGCCGCCCCACAGCGAGCUGGUGCAGGCCGUGCUGCGCCUCUUCCAGGAGCCGGUCCCCAAGGCCGCGCUGCGCAGCCACGAGCGGCUCUUCCCGCGCAGCGACCGCGCCCGGGUCACCGUCCAGUGGCUGCACGUCCGCGACGACGGUUCCAACCGCACUUCCCUCAUCGACUCCAGGCUGGUGUCCAUCCACGAGAGCGGCUGGAAGGCCUUGGACGUGACGGAUGCCGUGAACUUCUGGCAGCAGCUGCGCCGGCCCCGGCAGCCGCUGCUGCUACAGGUGUCGGUGCAGCGGGAGCACCUGGGCCCGCUGGCCUCCAGCGCCCACAGGCUGGUCCGCUUUGCCUCGCAGGGGCCGUCGGGCACCGGGCAGCGGGAGCCCCAGCUGGAGCUGCACACCCUGGACCUCAGGGAUUACGGAGCUCAGGGAAACUGUGAUCCUAAGGCACCAGUGACCGAGGGCACCCGCUGCUGCCGCCGGGAGGUGUACAUUGACCUGCAGGGGAUGAAGUGGGCCGAGAACUGGGUCCUGGAGCCCCCAGGCUUCCUGGCCUAUGAGUGUGUGGGCACCUGCCAGCAGCCCCCAGAGCCCCUGACCUUCAAGUGGCCAUUUCUGGGGCCUCGACAGUGCAUCGCCUCAGAGACGACCUCGCUGCCCAUGAUUGUCAGCAUCCCGGAGGGAGGCAAGCCCAGGCCCCAGGUGGUCAGCUUGCCCAACAUGAGGGUACAGAAGUGCAGCUGUGCCUCAGAUGGGGCACCUGUACCAAGGAAGCUGGAGCCGUAG